AGUGGCGCGGGGAGUGGCGGGGGAGCGUCGCUGUGCUGGCGCGGCGGGCGGCGAGUGGGGGCCUGCCUCCUGAGCACCGCUCUGCAGGGCCUGGGUGACCAGGGCAUCGGGGGCUGUGCCGCGCCGUGCGGACGAGCCGGGCGCGUCUGGCAGGCAGCCUCGUUUUGCCGGACGAAUGCGAGACCCAGGGAGGGGACCGGGAGGAGGUCCCUCUGGAGGCAUUCAGCGUGUUUACUGAGUGCUUAGCGUGUGUGCCUCGUGCUGUACCGAACGCUGUAGACGCACGAUUUUACUCCUCAACAAUGUUACCACGUCGCCUUGACCUAGAAGGGAUUUGAGGCGUCCCGUUCGGCUACAGACAGCUGAGUUCCAGGUUGAAUGUGUUGGGACCGCAUCCUGUCUUUUCUGUUUCUCUAGAUCCCGGAAUUAAUUUGAUAGCACCUAUCGAUGGCUCUAAUGAAGUCAUCACUGUCGCUGGAGUCCAGUGAGAGUGACUCUGAAGAGUUGCCAACGUUUGCCUUUCUCAAGCAGGAAGCGUCUUCAGCGAAGAGGGGGCAGCCUCAGAGGGAGAAGAUUGUUAUGGUUGAUACCUCGGAUUCUGAGGCCUCCCGUCCUCCAUCACCAAAGUUGAAAGAUACACCACCUGUCCCAGACAUAGCGGAACCUGUCCCACAAACGGAGCCAGUCAGGGUGCUAAGCAGUGGAAGUGAGGAUGAGGAAGAAUUAAUCCCCCUGGCCCAGAGGCUUACAUGUAAGUUUCUGACCCGCAAGCAGUUGAGCCCUGAGGACGCUAGCUCCCCGAUUCAAACUGUGUGGGGUCAUCGGAGUACUGAAGGAGCAUCAUGCGGCUGGAAAAAACAGUCCUUUCCAAAGGUCCCUGGUGCCUCCUUCCGUGACACCUCAGAGAGACGUUCAUCAAGUAACAGGGACCCUGUGGGAGACCGUCUGUGCCAUCAGCUUCCAGCCUUCCAAGCCACCUGCCCUGUGCGGAGCGACAGCUUGACAGCGACCAAAACAAAUGCUGAAGCCCCCCCACUUCAGAAGAGAACCAAGCAUGGUCAGAAGGUCCGGAGGAGAGGCUCACGGGGAUGCCAGCCGCGGGGACAAGCAAGCCAGAAGGAGAGCACCCUGAGACAACCGGAAAGGCAGAAGAACGCGGCCCCGGUGAACAGGCUGAAAGCUCAGAGGCCCGAGGAAUGCUUAAGGCACAUCAUUGUGGGGCUGGAUCCAGUGCUCUUACAGAUGGAAGGCGGAGGCCAGCUCCUCGGGGCGCUGCAGUCCAUGGAGUGCCGCUGUGUGAUUGAGGCACAGGCCGUGCCUUGCAGCAUCACCUGGAGGAGAAGGGCCGGGCUAGCUGAGGAUGGAGAGGAAGGCUGGGUGGAGGAACCGAUGGUCCUGGUGCUGCUCCUGGCAGAGACGUUUGUGUCCAUGGUCUACAAGUUCAAGCAGGGAAGCCUGGGUGACUCUGAGAAAGGGAAGGAAACACUCCGGAGCUUCGUAACUGACACCGCAGCGAGGACAGCUGGGAAGGCUCUGUCCCUGGUGAUUGUGGACCAGGAGAAAUGCUUCAGCGCUCCCCAUCUUCCGAGAAGAAGGAAACCGGGAGUGGCAAACAGAGAACAGGCCAAGGAGAAGAAGCGGAGACAACCAGAGGCCAGCGCAGGGCAAAUGGUGUCCAGGGUAGACGUGUCCAGGGCAUUGGUGGAUCUGCAGCUAUACACCGAAGCCCAGACCCGAAUCGUGCAGAGCUGGAAAGAGCUGGCCGACUUCGCCUGCGCAUUUACAAAGGCUGUGGCCGAGGCGCCCUUCAAGAAGCUUCGAGAUCAAACCAGUUUCUCUUUCUGCCUGGAGAGUGACUGGGCGGGAGGGGCAAAGGUUGACCGAGCUGGCAGGGGGCUCGCGCUGGUCUGGAGGAGACAGAUUCAGCAGCUGAACAGAGUCAGCCUGGACAUGGCCAGUGCCAUUGUGGACACCUAUCCCUCCCCGCAGCGUCUGGUCCAGGCUUACAGGCGGUGUUUUUCGGAGCAAGAGCGCCAGAAUUUGCUUGCGGACAUACAGGUUCGCCGUGGGGAAGGUGUGACCUCCACCUCCCGCCGUGUUGGACCAGAGCUCUCCAGGCGGAUCUACCUUCAGAUGACCACUCUGCAGCCAGCUCUCUCUUUAGACAGUGCAGACUGACGCCAGCCCUCGGGGACAAGGUUGACAAAGAAAGUUUGCAUCUCCUCCGCCUUUGGCCACAGGAAGAGACCGGACACGCCUCCUUGAAGCACAAGCCUGGGUCCGACCACAGGCUGUUCCCUGGGCGCCCUUAUCUGCAGAAGUCUCCCUGUCAGCUUGGGACAGAUGGCUGAGAUACUUGUGUUUCCCUUCACAAGCCUUUAAUUUUCCUCUCCUAGCAAAAACCCAGCUGCCGUGCACAAAUCACCCCUCCCCCCUCCCCCAGCCAGCCCUCAACCCUCAAAACACAAAGAAACAAAGACAGACCACU